AUGACUUCUAUGAUUUUCAAAACCGGAGGAGAUAGUGUUCUAAAAAAAAAGCUGAAAAGGAUAAAGCCAUCGAAUUGUAGAAAAGAUGGAACUUUUCGAAAAAUGAAUCAAGAGAUAAUGAGUAAUGGUCUUAUCCUAUACUUCUUAACCGAUGACUUAGAUAAUCAACCGAUAUGUAAAUUUUUGGCCAACCAAAAAGAAAAUAGCUAUGAUCAUUUUGGGACAUAG